UUCUAUGAUGCACUGACAUUUAAAAAUCAAUAAUAAGUUAUAAGAAAAUAAAAGUGAUUGAAAAAAACUGUGUGUUGGUGUUUUAUCGAUUUUGGACAUUGACAUGUGAUAGAUACCAAACACACUUUCGAUUUGAUAUAUUGGUACUACAAAUUUGAAGACUAGGUUCUUCAAAUUUUUCUCAAUUUGUAAAACAAAUUUUAAAUGAAUUCCAAAUGUCACAUUGUCUAUGUACCAUAGACAUUUGAAAUUUAAGAAGUGUUCCCUGUCAGACACAAGUUUGAGUUAGACAUUGACACAACACCAACACAGGAAAUGAAGAUCAGUUAAGGUCAAAACUUGGAGCUACAACAACUUACAAACAUUUAGCACAAAACAAGCAACCAUGAAAUUCCAACAAUCCUUUCUUGUUCAAUUUGUUCUUAUAAGCUUCAUAUUAUCUCUGUUUAACUUAAUCAUAGCUGACUUAAACUCAGACAGAAAAUCUCUCCUUGAGUUUUCUUCUACUCUCCAACAUGCACCAAGAUUAAACUGGAAUGGCUCAACACCAAUUUGCACAUGGAUUGGUGUAACAUGCAACCAAAAUGAGAAAAAUGUCAUAAGCAUCCAUCUUCCAGGAAUUGGAUUAAAAGGCUCUAUUCCAAACAACAGCAGCCUAAGGAAACUUGAUUCCCUUAAAAUCCUAAGCCUUCAUUCCAAUGACCUUAGUGGAAACCUUCCUUCUAACAUUCUCUCUAUACCUUCUCUCCAAUAUGUUAACCUUCAACACAAUAACUUCACAGGCCUAAUCCCUUCUUCUAUCUCACCUAAAAUCAUUGCAUUAGAUCUUUCCUUUAACUCUUUCUAUGGAAAAAUCCCUUCUUUCAACCUUCCAAGGCUCAAGUAUUUGAAUUUGAGCUAUAAUAGCUUGAAUGGUUCAAUUCCAUCUUCCAUCAAUCAAUUCAACUUCACUUCUUUUGUUGGUAACUCUCUCUUGUGUGGUCCACCUCUCAAUCAUUGUUCUACAAUCUCUCCUUCUCCUUCUCCAAAUCCAUCAACUAAACAAAAUUCAAAGACUAAAACUUCAAAGAAACACUUUGGAGUAGCUUCUAUACUUGCUUUUGCAGUUGGUGGAUGUGCCUUUCUUUCUCUCAUAGUUUUGGUGAUCUUUGUGUGCUUUUUGAAGAGGAGAAAGAGUAAAAGAAGUGAUGAUAUAGUGAAAGGAAAGGCAACACCAUCAAGUGGUGGAAAGACUGAGGAUUUUUCAAUUUCAAAGAGUUUUGGAAGUGGAAUGUUGGAUGGUGAGAGGAACAAAUUGUUCUUCUUUGAAGGUUGUUCUUAUACAUUUGACCUUGAAGAUUUAUUGAAGGCUUCAGCUGAAGUACUUGGAAAAGGAAGUUAUGGAACAACAUAUAAGGCUACAUUGGAGGAAGGAAUAACAGUUGUGGUUAAAAGGUUGAGGGAAGUUGUGGUUGGAAAGAAGGAGUUUGAACACCAAAUGGAGGUUGUUGGAGGAAUUGGAAGAAACCCUAAUGUCAUAACACUUAGAGCUUAUUACUAUUCCAAAGAUGAGAAACUUCUUGUUUAUAAUUACUUUCCAGGAGGGAGCUUGUUUUCCUUACUUCAUGGAAACAAGGGUGUAGCAAAAACUCCAUUAAACUGGGAUUCAAGAAUGAAGAUAGCACUAGGAGCUGCAAAGGGAAUUGCUUCCAUCCACACACAAGUAGGUUCAAAGUUCAUUCAUGGAAACAUCAAAUCAACCAAUGUACUCAUAACACAAGAACAUGAUGGCUGCAUCACUGAUGUUGGACUAACUCCACUAAUGAACACAUCACCAACCAUGUCAAGAUCCAACGGCUACCGUGCUCAAGAAGUCACCGAAUCGAAAAAGAUCACAAAUCAAAAGAGUGAUGUUUACAGCUUUGGUGUUCUCCUUCUUGAAAUACUCACAGGGAAAACUCCAUUGGGAUACUCUGGCUAUGAUCAUGACAUGGUUGAUCUUCCAAGGUGGGUGAAGUCUGUGGUUUCUGAGGAAUGGACAGCUGAAGUUUUUGAUGAGGAGUUAUUGAGAGGAGGAGAAUAUGUUGAAGAGGAGAUGGUGCAGAUGCUUCAGAUUGCACUUUCUUGUGUUUCAAAGGUGGUAGAUAAUAGACCAACAAUGGAUGAAGUUGUUAGAAGCAUAGUUGAAAUUAGGUUUCCUGAGUUGAAGAAUGUUACAUCUUCUGAGUCUGAAUCUAAUGUACAAACACCAAGACAUGAAGUUUUGAUUGCCAACUUUUGAUAAUGAGAGAAAGAGAGAAGAAAACUAUAUAUAAUGUUUCAAAUUCCAUGUUUCUUUAUGUUGGUCAUUCAAGUUUUUUCUUUUCCAUUUCAAAGAUCUAGCUUGUUUUCUUCUUUGAUGUUA